UUGUGGUCGUUUUCAUUGCUUCCUUGUCUAGCUUAUACAUCGAUACACAAACAAAAUGGAUACUAAAACUCCAGUUACUUUAGCUAAGGUUAUCAAGGUUCUCGGUAGAACCGGUUCCAGAGGUGGUGUCACCCAAGUCAGAGUCGAAUUUUUGGAUGAUUCCUCCAGAACCAUUGUCAGAAACGUCAAGGGUCCAGUCAGAGAAAACGACAUCUUAUGUUUGAUGGAAUCCGAAAGAGAAGCAAGACGUUUAAGAUAAGUCUGCGGUUCCGUACUUUCUCAUUCAGUUUCACUUUACUCUAAGCAAAUCUUGGAUCGGUCUACAAGUAUGGUGGAUGUGAGCGUGGGGCUUUUCUCCACUCCUUCUCUAUAGGUUCUGUUUAUCUUUCCAAUAUUAAUAAACAUCUUAUACAUUAGA